UAAGAAAUGGCCAUGCUAGUCAAUUUAGUGUUAUAGUAUAGUUUUGAAAAUGGACAUUUCCGUCGAUCUGAUUUUCUUACUGAUUGCUUCACUACUGCGUCCAACGACAUGCACAGGGGACCUUACCAAAGGUACCUUGUGUGGAUGUAAAAUGAUACGACAAUGCUACGUGGAUAUGCUGCUCGACCUGCAUGAACGAGACGAGGCUAUGUGCAUCGAAGACGUCGAAGUGGGCACCAGUACCUAUUUGGUUUAUUUCAAAGCACUGCAAAAGUACUGCUCCUCUGUGUUUAAUUUCACAGUUGAUUACACGACGUCGGAAUCAAGAAAUCUCUAUGAGAUACUGGUACAUAUGCCAAAAGCAGAUCAUGAAAAGAAAGGGGAAAGCAUACCAAUAAUCUUGCUUGAAGCUGGACAGAGCGGAGGCCUGGAUGCUGUGCGAUUGUCGUUGUCGAUCAUAGAACGACUAGUGGCUUGCGAAGAAAACGACCAUAUGAUUCAGAACGUGCGCUGGAUCUUCCUGCCUUGCACCAAUCCGGAUGGCUUGGAGUAUGUACGAUUUGGUCGUCCCGAUUGGGUCAAAAAUACAAGAAAAUCUAAAGGAGGUGAAAGCUAUGGAGUUGACAUUCUUCGCAAUUUUGACAUUCAUUGGAACGAAUGUGAGAAAGUUAAAAGCGUGCUUGACCCCUUUUAUCCUGGUCCAUCGGCUAAUUCCGAAAUCGAAACUAAGUUUAUCAGAAAUGUGCUGUUAAAGUAUAAGGAUGAUAUAAAAUCCUAUUUAUCAAUUAGACGAGUAGGCCAGCAUGGGAUACUGUAUCCGCACUCCUUCUCGGAUCAAAGUGACGAUAUUGACCCGCGUCAAAUCAAAGUAGCCGAAAUGAUUAGCUUGAAGGUGAACCAGCGGGGUGGAGCUCUCCAGGCAUUCGUCAACGACAGCAUCUACCGCAUCAAUGGCAAACCGGUUUGCGGGAGCAGCGUGGACUACGCGCACGCGCAGGGGAUUCAGCUGCCGUUUGAACUUCGGGUUGGUUUCGAAAAGGAUAUGCAAAUCCUCAAAUCGUUUCAGUCUGUGGGCAAGGGACACGGAGCUGCUCUACGGGCCGCGUAUUUCAGUGGACUCAGAGAACUUCAUGCCAUAAUAACUAAUGCUAAGGAAGUAAUAUAACCUUGUUAAGUUAAAAUGC